AUGCAGUUCAUGCUUUUAUUUAGUCGACAAGGCAAAUUACGUCUUCAAAAAUGGUAUGUAGCUCAUCCUGAUAAAUUAAAAAAGAAGAUCACCAGAGAAUUAAUCACCACAGUAUUGGCCCGGAAACCAAAGAUGUGCUCAUUUCUGGAGUGGAAGGAUGUCAAGGUUGUAUACAAAAGGUAUGCAUCAUUGUAUUUCUGCUGUGCUAUGGAGCAAGAAGACAAUGAACUACUCACCUUAGAACUUAUUCAUAGAUAUGUUGAACUUCUUGACAAGUACUUUGGAAGUGUGUGUGAGCUGGAUAUAAUUUUCAACUUUGAGAAGGCCUAUUUCAUAUUGGAUGAAUUGGUGCUUGGUGGAGAGCUUCAGGAGACAAGCAAGAAGAAUGUGCUGAAGGCUAUUGCUGCUCAGGACUUAUUGCAAGAGGAGGAGACCCCGCAGGGAUUCUUCGAAGACCACGGCCUUGGAUAA